AUGUCAAUUAAUGGAAAAUCUAAUCAGAAAUCAAUAUUAUUGAUUUUAUUUUAUCGAUUUAUUAUAAAAUUGGAUUAUCAUUAUUAUUAUUAUUACUAUUAUUAUGUAAUCAUAUUAUUAUCAUGGUUAUUAUCAUUAACAAUGUGUAAAGAAUUAAUGUAUAAUGAACAAUAUUAUAAUAAUAAUAAAAAUUAUAUAAAAGGACCAGAAAAUCAAACUAUAUUAUAUAAUAGUAAUACUAUAAUGUAUUGUAGAAUAUAUAAUAAUAAUAAUAUAACAAAAUUGAAAUCAUUUUAUACAAAAUAUAUCAAUGUUCAAUGGAUUAUAGAUGGAUUUGGUGUAAAUAAUGAAAGUUUAAAAGCUGUAUUUGGUGAUCGUUAUUCAAUGCCUGGACCAAUUGAAGAAGGAAAUUUUGAUUUAUUGAUCAAAAAUACUCAACUUGAAGAUGAAGCAAGUUUUAUUUGUCAAGCUAAUGUGAAAAUUUAUUCCACUUUAAGCAUUGAACCACAAUUAGAUACCAUUACUAGUAAACCAGCUUAUCUAACAAUUAUAUUUCCUCCAUCAGGUUUAACUAUGAUUCAUUUACAAGAUAGUCAGUUUGAAAAGAAUCGUCAGAUACCAGUAACUGUUAAUUCCAUGUAUAUACUACCUAACAAUCAUUUCUCUAAUUAUGUAAGUGAUCAUAGUGUAAAUCGUCAUGUAUAUACAACAAAAGAAUUGAAUCAAAUUGUUGAUAGAGAUCUUAGUCAUAUUGUAGCUGAUGAUCCUAAAACUGAACUUUUCAUUGAUUACAAUAGAAAUUAUAUGGAUCAUUUUAAACAGGCAUCGGAUACACAAUAUACAUCACAGAGUAUACCAUUGAAAGAAAUGUUAGUUAGGCAUGAAUCUUCAAGUUAUACAGGUAAUAUGUAUAACAGAAUUCCUAAGAUAUGGACUGUAGAAAAGAAAAACUUGAUUGUAUCCUGUCAUACAUCACCAUCAAAGCCUACGAGUACAAUACAAUGGCAUUUAGCUGGUAUAUUGUUGAAUAAGAAUUCCGGUAAAUCGAAUUCAUUUUCUGAUCACCAAAAUUCACUAAUUCAUUAUACAAUAAAAGAACAAAUUAUAAAUGUUUCAGACAAAUCAUUACUUUCAUCUAACGCUGAAUCAGUAUUGUAUUCGAAUACAUCAGUAACAAGUUCAACUGAUGACAUCCACAUGCAAGUAACUCAAAGUCAAUUAACUUUAACAGUUGAAAGAAAAUAUCAACAUUGGCAGCUCGAAUGUAGCGUUAGUAAUUCAAACGAUUUUGUUCCAGCGAAAUUACCGACUGUUACAGUUACAAUUGAACCAAUGUACAUAGAGGAUGUUAAGAUACAAAUUAUUAAUCAAACAGAACAUGUAAAUUUACGAGAAGGUCAAUUAAUCCAUUUUGAAUGUAUAGCAAAAACAAAUCCAUUAACACCAAUUUACAGUUGGACAAUCGGAAAUCCAAUUCCUUCUAUUAACUUCGAAACAUUCAAUUUGUUAACCGAUGAUCAAUUAGAGUCAACUAAUAACAUUGAAGAUAAACAUGAACACAAUUUGAUAGAUAUUCAAAUGAAUGCAAGUAUACUACAGUUAACAAUGAACCGAGCAAUGCAUCGUAAACGUAUCCGAUGUUGGGUUGGUGUUGAAGCACCUGAAUUAUUAGAGAAAAUUACAAUUGCUUCAUUACAAGGUGUAUUAUCUAAUAAAGAUUCAACAUGUGAAUCAGAUUGUCGACAAUUAAGGAAUUCAUUGAGAAAGAAAUUAAAUGAUAUGACCUGGGUGAAAAGUGACUAUCGGUUGGAAGUUACUUACGGUCCUGAAUUUUCGAGUCCUUCAAACGAUAUAUUAUCCGGUGAAUUAGGUCAAAUAAUUCAUUUAGAAUGUUCAGCCAACUCAAAUCCCGAAGCUGAUGUAUCCUUAUAUUAUAUUGGACCAGAAGGACAAAUUCUGUUAGAAGAAGUAACUAAAUCGGAACUAACUCAAUAUCAGCAUCACUACAAUCGUCCAGUAGAUUCUAAACACCCAAAAUAUCUGGUUUGGAACAGCGAAACGGAAUAUGCAGAAUUUAAUAUAAGUAUUGUGAAAGCAGCUAUUCAUUCGAGCGGUAGAAAGCUAUUGGGUUCAGACAUAAAACAAGUUUCACAUAAAUUACAUUUAACAAGUCAUGAACAAUUUGGCUUUUAUGCUUGUAUUGCUCAAACAACCGGUUAUCCAUCCAUAUAUCGUAUUGUCUAUGUAGGACAGGCUGAAUCGCCGAAAAUUUUAAAAAUCGAUCAAUCAAUUUCUUUUGAUGGAACAUUUGCUGAAUUAUUUUGUACAAUCUAUAGUAUUCCUCGACCUACUGUACAUCAAAUUACAUGGUCAAUAAAUGGAAUCUCUAUCAAACCGGAUAAAAGAUUACGAAUUUAUCAAGAGAAAACUCAUCGUGGUGUAAUUAGUAUAUUGACUUUAAAUAAUUUACGUCCAAAUGAUUUUUCUACAUAUAAUUGUACAGUAGUCAAUGAUUAUGGAAGUGAUUGGAAGUUGAUUACAUUAUCAUCUGACAAUAGAUGGCCAUUAACAUUUGCUGUUAUAAGUGGAUUUGCUGCAUUAUUGGGUGUUUUAUUUGUUACAAUUAUAUGCUGUUUCAUUAGAUAUACCCGAUUAAAAGAUACGAAUUCAAAGGUAUAUUUCAAAUCUAAAGAAGAGAAUAAUUUACAGAAUAAUGAAGAGAAUAAACAAAUAAGUGACGGUGUAGAACUACAAUCAAUACUUAAGAAUAAACUAAACCAAAUUGGUUUAUCUAAGGCAAACCCUAUUGAAAAUGUUACUUUAACAAAUAAUGAGUGUUAUCCUAUUGAAAAUGUGUACAAAUCGAAUAUGGAUGAGACAGGCUUUGGAAAGUGUCAUGAUUUAAGUUCUAUCAAUUUCCAUACAAACCAUAUUGAUUUAUCUACCAAUUUGAUAGAAGAGAAUUAUUUAAAUUAUAUUUCUUGUACAUAUCCACAAGAUACUACUUCUUUGUUGAAUAAUAUCCAUCCAAUGAAUGGUAAUGCAACAUCACAAUGUACCAAUAAAAUAUCUACCAAUUAUAAUCAACUACCAUAUUGUUCAACCCCUUUAAUUGAUCAUCAAUUCAAUACAAUUAUAAGUAAUAUCUCACCUCUUAGUACCUCUGAAUGUUUCACUAAUGAUAUGAUACCUAAUAAUAAACAACCAGAUAUUACUUCUAUAAUACAUGAUCAUUUACCGAAACCAUGGAUACAAAAUAUUAAUGAAUUGAAAAACUGUAUAACACCCCCAUUAGCAUUUUCUUCAUAUACAAAUCAUUCUACAUCAUUAGCUCCUAUUUUUUUAAUGACAUCAGAUUUAAAUUAUUCAACAGGAAUUCAUCAAGAUUUUAAUAAUUCAAAUACAUCAACUGUUAUUAUACCACCGGUUAUUCUACAUUCAACUAAUGAACAAACUCUUAUCAGUAGUCCUUAUGGUCCAAUGACCAUUAAUAAUAAUAAUAGUAGUAAUAAUACAAAUACCUCAAUUAUAUUCAAUACUACUAAUAAUAAUGAUAGGAAUCAUAUUCCAGAUAUUUCUAUUAUCCCAUUUAAUGUGAGAAAUUGUAAACUAGGAUAUAAUAAUAAUUGAUUCAGGUAGACAUUUAAUGGAAAUGUAUGUUCUACACCUGGAAGAACUCCUGGAUUGUAGUUUGGAACUCUCUCUCUAUAUGCAUAUACAUCA